AUGCUGAUUUUGCUCUCUUCCCUGCUGCCUGCACUGUCCUAUCUAGGCUUCUCUGCUCUGGGCUGCAUAAAUGCUCCAGACGUCCCCUCAGUUUUUCUCCUUUAUCAGAACAGAAGGGCUUCUCCGAAGUCUAACAACCCUGUGAUCAUUGUGAAAACCCCAGAGUGCUUUCCAGAAAAUUUCCUCUCUCUUUAUUUUUCAGUAUGUCAGGAAGCUGUCUGGGAAGCCUUCAGGACUUUCUGGGAUCGACUUCCUGGGCGUGAGGAGUAUCGUUACUGGAUGAAUUUGUGUGAGGAUGGAAUCACAACCAUAUUUGAAAUGGGCACACAUUUUAGUCAGUCUGUGGAACACAGAAGCUUAAUUAUGAAGAAACUGACGUACGCCAAGGAAACUGUAAGCGGUUCCUGCAAUGACCAGGCCUGUGGCCCUGAACUGUCAUCUCCAGUUCCUGCUGGUGAUACCUCAACAUUGGCAGGUGCUGGGCUCAGUGUUCCAAAUCCAGUGGUUACCUCCUUUGAUGCUAUCUCAGAGAGCAACUUGGAGAGGCCAGAAGAGAGUAUUAGCAAUGAAAUUGAGAAUGUGAUGGAAGAAUCCACAAAACCAGCAGCUGAACAGGUUGCAGAAUUCAGUAUCCACCUUUUGGGAGAGCAAUACAAUGAAGAACUACAGGAUUCCUCCAGCUUCUACCACCAGCGCCUUGUAGAGGAGUUUAUUUCAGAGGUUGAAAAUGCGUUUACUGGGUUACCGGGUUACAAGGACAUUCGUGUACUUGACUUUAGGUCCCCUAAGGAAAAUGGCAGUGGCAUAGAUGUUCACUACGAAGUUACCUUCAAUGGUGAGGCCAUCAGCAAUACCACCUGGGACCUAAUUAGCCUCCACUCCAACAAGGUAGAGAACCAUGGACUUGUGGAACUGGAUGAUAAGCCCACUGCUGUUUAUACAAUUAGUAACUUCAGAGAUUAUAUUGCUGAGACACUGCACCAGAAUUUUUUGCUGGGGAGCUCCUCUUUGAAUCCAGAUCCUGACUCCCUUCAACUCAUCGAUGUGAGAGGAGUUUUACUCCCCCAAAGUGAUGACCAAGUUUGGAACACCCAAAGUUCAAGUCUUCAGGAAAGCUUACCAUCUAUUCUGGAUAAUACCCCUCAAGCUGAAUGGCCCUCAGCAGAUGAAUCCACCACGAGCAGUAUUUCACCACUUGAUUUCAGCUCUGGUCCUCCUUCAACCACUGGCAGGGAACUCUGGUCAGAAAGCCCUUUGGGUGAUUUAGUGUCUACACCCAAAUUAGCCUUUCCCUCGAAGGUGAGCCUCAGUUCUUCCCCAGAGGUUUUAGAGGUUAGCAGCUUGACUCUUCAUUCUAUCACCCCAGCAGUGCUUCAGACUGGCUUGCCUGUGGCUUCUGAAGAAGGGACUUCUGGAUCUGACUCAUUAGAAGAUGAAUUAACUGAAGUUGAAGGGUCAGAAGAUUUUCUUUCUGUUGAUCCAUUGCCUUCAAGUCCAUUGACUGAUCCUGUGCCAAAAGAAAAGCUACAAUCCAUGGAAGAUUCCAGGGUGUCUUUGACAUCCUCACCAGAUGUAGUCUCCUCUGUCACAUUAGAUCUUCUUGGUGAAGAAGUAACUACACCUUUUGGGAUGGACUCUUUGGCUUCCAAAGUCAAAGGCCAAAUAGGAGUGAGCACUAGGAUGCCUGACGAAUCUAUGGAAAAAGAGUUCAUAAUUCAGAGUGAUGUAGGUUCAGGAUCUGGGCAAAAUGUGGGGCUGAUUACUUGGCCAUGGAGAGAGACUUUAUUAGAGAAGAGCACUGAACCAUUGUCCAAGUCAUGGCUUAAAGUUGAGGAUUCAGAGGAUUCACUUUUGCCAACUGUGGGUAUUGAUGAGAAACUAGUCAUUGAUCACAAAAUAGAUGCCACAGAUCGAAGUGUCGAACAUUCAGAAUAUGACUUUGAUAGAUCCACAAACUUUGCAGAAGAAGAGCCCCUUGGUGGACCUACGGGGUCUAUCUUUGCAGCGACCUCAACUCAACCUGCAUCUCCAGUUCUUUCCAAAUACACAUCAGAGGUACCUGACACUGAUUAUUACUCAGUUACCAAAUCACCUUCUCUGCUAAUAUCUAGAGCAAUCUCUGCUUCUACUGAUAAACCAGAUCAAGUAGAACCAUUUCUAAAGGAGGAUAUGGAACAAACUACAGAGUCAUCCAACCGUGAAUGGUUUGACAUUAAUAUUUCAAUAGUGAAGCCAAAUGUGCAACCUCUGUGGACUGUAUUGCCAGAAUCAGAUGUACUUUGGGCCAGGACUUCUUCCCUAGGGAAAUUGUCCAGGGACACCUUGGCAAGUACACCACAGAGUACUGACAAGCUCUGGUUGAAAGCUUCCAUGACACAGUCUACCAAAUUGUUGCCAACCACAAGCUCCACCCUGCUGGAAGAUGAAGUAAUUAUGGGCGUACAGGAUAUUUCAUUAGAACUGGACCAGAUGGGCACAGAUUACUAUCAGCCUGAGCUAAUCCCAGAGGAAAAUGGCAAGGUUGGUAGUUAUGUGGAAAUGUCUACAAAUGUUCACUCCACAGAGAUGGCUAUUGUGGCCCAGCCCACAAAAAUUGAUGACUUGAGUCAUACUCAAGCUACAGGAGCUUUGGUGGUUUUCUUUAGCCUCAGAGUGACUAACAUGAUGUUUUCAGAAGAUCUAUUUAAUAAAAACUCUUUGGAGUAUAAAGCCCUGGAGCAAAGAUUCUUAGAACUGCUGGUUCCCUAUCUGCAGUCAAAUCUCACUGGGUUCCAGAAUUUAGAAAUCCUGAACUUCAGAAAUGGCAGCAUUGUGGUGAACAGCCGAAUGAAGUUCACCAAGUCUGUUCCUCCUAAUGUUACUGAUGCUGUGUAUGUGAUUCUGGAAGACUUUUGCAUAACUGCCUACCAAACCAUGAACUUGGCUAUUGAUAAAUACUCCCUUGAUGUGGAAUCAGGUGAGCAAGCCAACCCUUGCAAGUUUCAAGCAUGCAAUGAAUUUUCUGAGUGUUUGGUCAACCCCUGGAGUGGAGAAGCAGAGUGCAGAUGCUACCCCGGGUACCUGAGUGUGGAAGAACUGCCCUGUCAGAGUCUCUGUGACCUACAGCCUGACUUCUGCUUGAAUGAUGGAAAGUGUGACAUCAUGCCUGGACAUGGGGCCAUUUGUAGGUGCCGGGUGGGGGAGAACUGGUGGUAUCGAGGUGAGCACUGUGAAGAGUUUGUGUCAGAGCCCUUGGUGAUAGGUGUCACCAUUGCCUCCAUGCUUGGCCUUCUCCUCGUCUCUUCUGUUGUUGUCGUCUUCAUCAUCAAGGCUCUUCAAGCUCAGUACCUUAGGAGAGGAAGAGAGAGGCCCUUCAGCGGGCAGCCUGAUAGCCUGUCAUCCGUAGAAAGUGCCGUGAAGCACAACCCUGUGUUUGAAAGUCACGAGGCUGGACUUGAGCAGUACCAGGGACCCUACCUUCCACGGCCCUUCUAUGUUUCGGAGGCAGACGGAGAAAUGUUUGGGCUGAGCAGGGAAGAAAUAAGACAAAUGUAUGAGAACACUGAACUUUCCAGAGAGGAAAUUCAAGAAAGAAUGAGAAUUUUGGAACUGUAUGCCAGGGAUCCUGAGUUUGUAGCUUUUGUGAGAGAACAUCAAAUGGAAGAGCUUUAACCAAAACUUUGAUUUUGCAAUUGAUUAUAAGCCUUGAGAAGAUGGAGCUCACCAGUUACCUAUGUGGUACUAUUAACUUGGAUUUGGAACCCGGAAGAAAUUCUAUUAAAAAGAUGAAAUUUGGGGCACAAAAAUUUUUUUCUAGUUAAAAUUUUAGAAUAUGGUAAGAGAUGUGAUUUUUUUUUUUUUAAUGUACCCACAAAGACCAAAAUCUGUAUUUGAAGAAAAUCAAAACUGAAUGCUGGAAAGUUUUCUAUGAGGAAAAAGCCAGGCCUGGGAGCUGGGGCUGCAUUUACUGUCUGCUUCUGAGUCUCUGAGGGGGUCUUUAAUAAUUGUGCCUCAGGUUUCUCAGCAGGAAGAUAAGAUGAAACUCUUACAGGAGAAGGUAGGCUUCGUAGCUGAAUAUUUUGUAGCAUGUUUGUUAUUGUUAGGUGCAAUGAGAAGCCUUUGAAGUAGUUUUAAUAUCAUUAAUAGUCAUUCACCUAACUAAAAUAUUAAGGGUUUUUUUAGAUCAAACUGUUGAAGAAAAAGCAACCUUUUUGCUGGAGUAUAGAUUUAGGCUUGUACUUUGUGUUUCUACCAGAGUUUUAAAUUUUCGGAGCCUAUUAAUCAAGACUACAUUAUUUGUUAAUUAUGUUAAUGUCCUAUUUUUUGUUUAUCUGUCAAGGACAAUGCAUAUAUAUAAAGUUUAGAGGGUUCUCGGUAAAGACAAACUUAAUCAUGUGGACAGGAAAGGAAUGGGUGUUGGGUCAAGACCACAGCACUACAAAUAUAAUUUGCCAAUUUAUGGAUAGACUGAAUCAGAACUAAUGUGUUCCCUGACUCUGCUGCUGAUAUCUAACCACGUCCUGGGAAAAUCUCAGAUCUUCAGUUUCUGGUGUUUCAAAAACAGCACUUAACUUCCUCAUAUAGUAUAGAUUAGCUUGUUUACCUCCUUCGUGUAAUAUCUUGUGUCCAAAUUCAUUCCUGCUUAUAUGAAACAGGACUUCUAUUGCAAUUAAAAUUUUUAUUUUAUAGGUGGGAAAAAGCCACAUCUAAUAUAAAUUUAAAAUGAAAAUGGAAGUUUUCCUUUUUCCUAUACUUGUAAAUGGUAGCUUGGGAGGGGAUAAGGAGAGGGUCAAAUGAUUAUUACUGUUAAUAUUAAGUCGUGUAGGCUAAUAGGUUAUUAUUGACACGGGUGUUUUAUGUUAGGUAUCUUCAUGUCAGUCAAAACCAAUCUUGAACAUUUCGAUUUCUUUCUAACCAGAUGUAACUAACCAGCAGUAGAUUGAUCGUAAGAUAAAAUACUUGGUUCACUCUUUUUUCCCCCUCAACUUGAUUUCUGCCAAUUUCACUCAUUAUGAAGAUACCAGAAACGAAAUCUCUGGGGUGAGUACAUGCCACAGUAAAACUACUGAAAGCCUUGAAGAUACCCAGGAAUUUUGUGAAGUAUUUAUGCAUGACAUGUUUUGUGAGUACAUGUUUAUCUAUGUAAGUAGUUCCCUUAUCUCAGGGUUCUCUUUCACUCCCUGCUCACAUAAUGGAUUCUCUAAAAGUUCACCAUAGGUACAAGCCACUGCUGGGACAUUUUCUGCUGGGCCCAUUCUACAGGAAUUGAUAAUUAUCUUUAAAGCAUUAUAAAUGUUAAUGAUGUUUGUCACUACUUAAUUUUGCAUUUGUAAAACUUCAUUUGUUGAAGAGUCUGAACUUUUUCCUAAACUUACCUUGUGUUAAAUGAAAAAGAAAAUUUGUUUUUAUCAUACAUUAACCCUAGAAGGGAACUUAGUGAAUGUCUGCUUGCUGGCGGAAUCCAAAUGGACAUAAAGUGGUUCUAGAGUAGGUCUCCACGGGAACACUUAGGAGAAGCACAAACUGAGCUGAAGGAGGACUCUUGCUUUCCAGAAGCCAAGCAGUGAAGUGGAAAUUUGAGAAUUCUGACACUUCCCUGUCUCUGAUGUCCGUGUAUAUGACCUUUCCAUGCAAGAGCCAAUCAUGGAAAUGGCCUUACGUGAAUGACUGCUCUGCGUCUAUUAUGUGGAAGGAACUCCUAACCUCUCAGGGAGAUACCUGAGAGCCUCAAUUCGGGAAUAAAGACUUUGGCUCUACCUUUGUUAUAACUGAAUCACAGUAAGAAACAUUAGAGAAAGAAGUUUCCACAAUGAAGAUCCACUGAUGUACACAUUUAAAGGGCUAAAAGAGCUAUCCCUCUGUCAGGACAAACUACCCCCAAACCUUCUUUUUAAAAGAGCUUUCCCCAAGGUAAUGCAAUGGCAUGUAGUCAUUUAAAAGGGGGGAGUUCUGGCUGUGGUGCAACAGAAUCAGUAGUGUCUCUGAAGCACUGGGAGGCAGGUUUGUUCCCCAACUAGGUACAGUGGCUUAAGCAUCUGGCGUUGCUGCAGUAACUGGACUUGACUGCCAUUUGUCUCUGAUACCUGGCCUGGGAACUCCAUAUGUUUCAGAGCAGCCAAAAGGGAAAAAAAAAGUAUUAGGUUAAGCAGUCCUUUAGGCUGUGUGAUUGAGGAAUGAAACGUUCUGAUUAUUAGGACAUUCUAACUAAUCUAGCAAUAUAAUAUCUAAUACAACUAUCAUCUUAUUUUAAAAUAAUAAAAUGCAGUGCAUGGUAAAGUGCAUGGUAAAGAAUGCAAACUUUUUUUUUUUUUAUUUGUAAGGUGCUUUGGAGUCUUGCAGAUAACUUUAUAGCUAAGUAUACGUGCAUAAUUCUUAUUUUCAUGGUUCUAGAUGAUGAGUUCUUUAUUUGAUAAAUAGGACUCCAUUUCCACCAUGGUAACAUUUUUAAGACUAUUUGUUCACAUUCAUAUGCCCUAAAGUCCCAUUUACUUUACAUAAUAAAACAAGUGCAGGUUUUAUCUUAUUUUAUUCCUACCUCUUUGGUAUUUUUCUUCUGCACUAUCUGGUCAUCAUGGCUUGGCUGCUCCCCUGCACCCCACUUUUUACCACAUAGUAAAUUGUAAUGUAGUUAAAAACCCCUGACUUAAUAUUACUUCUGACAAAAAGUUGAAAAUUGCACAAAUAUUCUUUGUAGACUCUAAAGCCAUAUUGCCUCAAAUAUGGUACCUGAUCUAUUUAUUCACUUGCAUGCUUGUUUUAUAAGUUUACCUCCUUCCAUUUCAUGAUUUUUAGGGAGCUGGUAUCUUUGUGUCAUUUCCAUGUUUUUAAUUAUGGAUACUUUGACAUCUAUCAGCCUGUGAAUUUUUUAAAAAACCUUUUUUAGGGCUGCACUUGCG